GGCCAUCAAAUAGUGAAGGAGCUGGCAAAGUCAGCCUCUUGAAGAAAGUACCAGCACUAAAGGAUGGAGACUUCACCCUAGCAGAAUGCACUGCCAUUCUGCUGUACCUGAGCCGCAAGUACAACACUCCCGACCACUGGUACCCCUCGGACAUCCAGAAACGGGCCCGGGUGGAUGAAUACCUCUCGUGGCACCACGCCAACAUCCGGGCCAAUGCUCCUAAGACCAUGUGGAUCAAGGUGCUGAUUCCCCUCUUCACAGGGCAGCCACUGCCCUCUGAGAAGCUCCAGGAGGUUAUGGAGGGACUGUCCACAUCCCUGAAGCAAUUUGAGGAGAGGUUUCUGCAGGACAAGGCUUUUAUCAUUGGGAGUGAGAUCUCUCUGGCAGAUCUUGUGGCCAUUGUGGAACUGAUGCAACCUGUUGGAGUUGGUUGUGACAUCUUUGAGGACAGACCAAGGCUGAUGGAAUGGCGCAGGCGGGUGGAGGAUGCUGUGGGGAAAGAGCUUUUCUUCCAAGCCCAUGAGAUGAUCCUCAACAUCAAAGAACUGAGCAACAUUCAAAUUGAUCCACAGCUGAAAGAGCAUCUGGCACCUGUGUUGAUGAAGAUGUUGAAAUGAAUUAAGCUAUAUUACUAUUUUUGCUGCCUUCUUUUUCUUUUUUUAACUUCUCUGACCUCCAGAUCAACAUGUAACUGGAAAGAGCACUGUAAUUCUAACACAGAAAUUGCAGAGUGAUUCCUCCCCCACCAGGCCUUUCCUGUAUCUUUGGGGGUGGAAGCAGGGGAAGGUUUA